AAGCUUUCCUGCUCCUGCUUUACUGCGGCGGUGCGCUGCCUCUUUCGCCGCUGCCAUGUUUGCUUAACAGUUACGUGGGGAAAAGUGGUCCUUCCCUACCUCUCACAAGUUUUUCACCGCUCCUGGUGCUUGGGCUCUGCGCCCCACUCACCGCCAGAGGCUCCCGGCACUGCCCUGGCCUUGAUCUUGAAAACUUUAAAACAAGGACAAGAAGCACUGUAUCUGUCCGUCGAGGUCAGGGGAUGGUACUCCUGUGCGGCCCACCACCCCAUUCUGGAGAGCUGAGCUAUGCCUGGAUCUUCAAUGAAUACCCAUCCUAUCAAGAUAAUCGCCGCUUCGUCUCCCAAGAGACUGGGAAUCUGUAUAUUGCUAAAGUAGAAAAGUCAGACGUUGGCAAUUAUACCUGUGUGGUUACAAAUACCGUGACAAACCACAAGGUCCUUGGGCCACCCACACCACUAAUAUUGAGAAAUGAUGGGGUGAUGGGUGAAUAUGAGCCCAAAAUAGAAGUGCAGUUCCCAGAAACGGUCCCGACAGCAAAAGGAGCAACAGUCAAGCUGGAGUGCUUUGCUUUAGGAAACCCAGUACCAACUAUUCUCUGGCGAAGAGCUGACGGAAAGCCGAUAGCAAGGAAAGCCAGAAGGCACAAGUCAAAUGGAAUUCUUGAAAUUCCCAAUUUUCAGCAGGAAGAUGCUGGUUUAUAUGAAUGUGUGGCUGAAAAUUCCAGAGGGAAAAAUGUAGCAAGGGGCCAGUUGACUUUUUAUGCUCAACCUAAUUGGAUUCAAAAAAUAAGUGAUAUCCAUGUGGCCAUGGAAGAAAAUGUCUUUUGGGACUGUAAAGCAAAUGGGAGGCCCAAGCCUACAUACAGGUGGCUAAAAAAUGGUGAACCACUGUUAACUCGGGAUAGAAUUCAAAUGGAGCAAGGAACACUCAACAUAACAGUAGUGAAUCUUUCAGAUGCAGGCAUGUAUCAGUGUGUGGCAGAGAACAAACAUGGAGUUAUAUUUUCCAAUGCAGAGCUUAGUGUAAUAGCUGAAAGUCCAGAUUUUUCAAGAACACUCUUGAAAAGGGUAACUCUUGUCAAAGUAGGAGGUGAAGUUGUCAUUGAGUGUAAACCCAAAGCGUCUCCAAAACCUGUCUACAUGUGGAGAAAAGGAAGGGAAAUAUUAAGAGAAAAUGAAAGAAUUACCAUUUCUGAAGAUGGAAACCUCAGAAUUGUCAACGUGACUAAAUCAGAUGCUGGAAGUUACACCUGUAUAGCCACUAACCAUUUUGGAACUGCUAGCAGUACUGGAAACUUGGUAGUGAAAG